UUCUUAUUUUCACUUUUUAUUCCCACUUAAUUCAUUUUAACAAUAGGAUUUACUGCAUUGUUAAUUAACAAAAUGUUUGGCAUACAGAAAUAUCAGAUAAGCUAUCCAAUCUUACUUUAUCUUCAUUCUUAUUUGUUUAAAGGAGUAAAAGUUCCUCGUAAUUUUCGACUGCUGGAAGAACUUGAAGAAGGUCAGAAAGGAGUAGGAGAUGGAACAGUUAGUUGGGGUCUUGAAGAUGAUGAAGAUAUGACACUUACAAGAUGGACAGGCAUGAUUAUUGGACCUCCCAGAGUAAGCAGCGGUUUAAAUGAAAAUAAGUUAUCUUAUAAAUCUUUAGAGAUGUGUCUUUCAUUUGCAGAUUUGCCAAACUAAUUGUGU